CGGAAGUGUUACCCGUGCCGGGUCUAAAAGAGCGUGGGGACAUGGCCACCCUCGCCGCCCAGGACUCCUACCUGCAGGGGCUGGCGAGGAGGGUGUGUGCGCAGCCCGGCCCGGAGCCGCGCAAGAGGAAACUCGUGUCCAAGCCAGGCCAGCCCGAGGAUGCCAGUGGGCAGCUCAAGAAGAAGAGAAGAAAGAAACCCAGGAAGCCAGCUGAGAAGACUAAUACUCCUUCAGUCAAACAGAUGGGCUCUAAUGCCAAUAAGCCUUCACCAGGACAGAAAGCAGCUGCUCAAGUCAGCAAAUCAUCUCCACAGGGCGUCACGCAGGGUAACAGUGAGAGUUUGGGUAAAGGGAGCAAAAGUGAACUGGGUUCCCCUUCUUUUGCUGCGAUGAAUCUCUUGCGUCAGAGACUACAUGAGAAGAUUCAAAAGGCUUCUGGACAAGGUGAUGCCAAAGAACUGCCCCCUGCAGUCCUGGAGAAGAGGCAGCGGAGGAAGUAUGAGAGAGAGAGAAAGAAGCGCCGAAGGAAGGAGCUGAAGAUGAAGGCAAAAAUGGAGAAGAAAGAAGCUGAGGAGGUACCAGUAGAGCCAGAAACCAAAAAGGAGGAGAGCCCAGCUGAGAUUGUCUUUAACAAGGUCAAAGUCCAUGAGGAUAAUGAGUUGAGCAAGAUCCAGAAGAAGAAAGAGAAGAGGAAAGCAGUGAAAGGCAAUAUCACUCCUCUGACUGGCAGAAACUACAAGCAGCUGCUGAGCAGGCUGGAGACCAGGAAGAAUAAGCUGGAGGAGCUCAAGGAUAAAGACCAGAAGAAGGCUCAGGAGCUGGAGAAUAAGAUGAAAUGGACAAACGUUCUCUAUAAGGCAGAAGGUGUGAAGAUCCGUGACAACGAGGAGCGGCUGAAGGAAGCACUGAAGCAUAAGGAGAAGCGGAAAGCGCAGCGCAAAAAGCAAUGGGAGCAGCGGACAGAAAAAGUGGUGGAAAGGAUGCAACAGCGGCAGGAGAAACGCCGCAAGAACAUUCAGAAGAAGAAGAAGGACAGGAUAGAGAAGAAGAAAGCCAGGGCCCGGAAGAAAGGCCGUGUUCUGCCAGAGGACUUGAGGAAGGCGGGAUUGAAGUGACGGUGAGGGGCUGGUCCCUGCUGCCUGGGGAUGGCGGCUCUGGUGUGGGUGGUGAUGGAUGCUGCCCAGCAGGGUGUCCAGCUGCCACGCAGUGCUGCCACAGUGCUGGGACAGGCAGCACCUGGGGAAAGUGGCCAGCAGGGUGGUGGU